AUGAGAGUUCCGGCGUUUUAUUCACUUUCCGAGUCUGCUUUCUACCGACGGACCGUUAUCACCUCACAAUGUUUACCAGAGACUCCAACUCGCUCCUUCGUCAAAAGGCUUGCCCCAUCUUCAGGCUUUAGUCUUGUUUCUAUAAUAGGUUUUGACUUACGGUGGACAGGUCAGGAUAAAAUCGCGAAGGACCAGUGGCGCGGCGCCCGCGUCAGCUGGGAUGGUGGCGGCGAAGGCGGCCCCGGCAAAUGCGAUAGCGCACAGGAUAGUCUACUUGAACUGCAUCUUGAGUCGAGAAAGGCGAUGAAUUCUUUUAAAGAAUAUAUCAGAGAAAAUUGCAAAAAGAAGAAGACUGCUGGAGACCUGCUGGAGUCUGAAAACUGA